AUGUCCAGCAUAGACGGAUUUGGCGUCAUGAAAGUCAAUUUGGGCAACAAUAACAACCUAAGCAAACCUCCUCAACAGGGUAAUAAUAACAACUUUAAUAUUAGUAACAUGAACAUGCCUAACAUGGGCCUGGGGAAUCUCGGAAACGUUAAUGUCAAUAUUAACGGUAAUGGUUUAGAUAAGAAUGGCUCGGUUCCCGGUGGUUUCAGGAAUAAUAUGUUUAAUGGGGUGCAAGCUCAGUCUCAGAAUCAGGACAACUUCUUUUUUGAUCAGUCAAGCCAACCACAGCAACCACAACAACAACAACAGCAGCAGCAGCCUGGAGCUCAGGGAGGAGGUCAGGGGCAAUUCCAGGCUAAUUUCUCUGCCGAUUCAUUCAAUCCUAAUGGCCUUGUUAUGGGAAAUGAUCGAUUUAAUGCGGCACUUGGAAACACUGGACCUAACUCUAUGAAUAACAAUGGUAAUGGCCUUAAUUUAGGCGGAGCAGGAGGUGCCAACGCUAAUUCGAUGCUGAGAAACACAUUUGCAUCUAAAGAUGGUACAGCUGUUGGCCCUGGUGGUAUUAACGGACUGGGUCCUGGUACUGGUGGUGGAGCAGCCAAUUUCAAUUUCCCAGCCGAUCCAUCUCUCAACAACCUCAAUAACGGAAAUAUGAACAUUAACGGUAACAAUUCUAACAUGAACGCGAAUGCUCCAAUAACUAACUCUGGGUACGCCUUUUCAUUCCCGAACACGGGUAGUACGAAUAAUGAUGGACCAGACAACAAUCAAAAUAGCAUGAACAUGAACAACAGUAACAAUAACAAUGCCGGAAUCCGAAAUACAAACAGUCCUAAUAACAGCAAUAAUAAUAACAGCAACAAUAACAGGAUAAAUAGUCCUUUCAACAACAUGGGAAAUACCAAUGUCAUGAAUUCACCCAACAAUAUGCUGACUCCAGGGAAUAAUGGUGUGGCGGGAGGACUCAUGAACAUGCCAAACACUAAUCCAUUAGGUACUCCAAACAUGACCAAUGCAUCGCCUCAACAACAACAGCAAAAACUAGAAUUUGAUCGAAAACGGGUGGCUCUGAUCCUUGAAAUCAAUCAGGAACUGCUGAGAUUUGCAGCUUCCAGUGCAAAUGAUGCGAACAAAGCCAAUCCUGACUCAAUAUAUUCGCAGUGUAUGAAGCGAUUGCAAUGUAACUUAGCAUACCUGGCAUCAUUAGUUGAUAAAGGCAAGACUGGACAACCAAGCUUUCCCCAGAUCUUAUCACCACCUGUGGACAUUCCUGUUCUCGUUGAAGCAUACAAACAACUUCAAAUGCUGUUCCCAGAAGUUAUUAUGUACAUGAAGAGGCAACUAGCCUUGAAACAACAGCGUCAGCAACAGCAACAACAACAACAGCAACAGCAGCAACAAAACCAAAUGCUUCCCCAACAUCAACUGCAGAAACAGGCUCAAUUCAUGUCUUGA